CAACUCACCCAUUUGUCUAUCUAUCCAUCCAUCCCAUCUCUCUCUUUACUCUUUUUCACACGCAGACCAAAAACAUCUCUUCUCUUCCCUUCGGAAGCUUAUUCGUUUUACAAACAUUGUUGUUUCUGCUUCUGAAGAUACUAGAGACAGUCUCUUAUAAUACUGAAAGGAGCUUGCUUUCUCCACAGUGACGGUUGAGCCAAAAACAACAGAUUGGUUCAGUUUUUUUUUUUUUUUUUACAAAAAAUGGGUUACAUGUGUGACUUCUGCGGUGAACAAAGAUCAAUGGUUCACUGCCGCUCUGACGCAGCGUGUCUGUGCCUUUCCUGCGACCGUAACGUUCAUUCCGCCAAUGCUUUAUCAAAACGUCACUCGAGGACUUUGAUAUGCGAGCGUUGCAACGCACAGCCGGCCUCUGUUCGGUGCAGCGACGAGAGGGUUUCUCUCUGUCAGAACUGUGACUGGUUAGGCCACAACACGGGAGCUAAUUCGCAUCAUAAGAAGCAAACCAUCAACUGCUACUCUGGCUGCCCUUCUAGUGAGGAGCUUGCGUCGAUAUGGUCUUUCUGUUUGGAUUUGGAUUUCUCUGAAGGUGGUGGACGGUCUGCUUGUGAGCAAGGGAUGGGUUUGAUGACUAUAGAUGAAGGCACAGGAGAGAAGAGAACAGGUGUACAAGAUGGUAAUGUUGAUCAGCCUGGAACUAGCUCUGCUGCACAAGGUGUGGACCGUUCUAGUGUUCCGGAAAGUUCCACAUUGGCUAAGGGUGUUGGAGUGUCUGAAGAUGACUUUUGUGGCAAUCUCAUAAUGGAUGAAAUGGACUUGGCUUUUGAGAAGUAUGAUGAGCUCUUUGGUACUGCUUACAACUCUUCAAAAGAUCUCUUUGAACAUGGUGGACUUGAAAGUCUUUUCGAGAAACAUGAGGGAAAGAUAAUGCAGCAGCAGCCAGCAGAAAGCAAUGCUGCAUCUGGAGAUUCGUUCAUGACUUGUAGAACCGAGCCGAUCAUUUGUUUCUCAUCGCAGCCAGCUCAUUCGAAUAUAUCCUUCUCUGGUGCCACGGGAGAAGCUAAUGAUAUUCAAGAUUGUGGAGUGUCAUCAUCGAUGCAGCAGGUUUCGAGAGAGCCACCACCGUGGUGCCCUCCAACAGCACAGGAGAUCAGUGCAACAACACGUAACAACGCUGUUAUACGUUAUAAAGAAAAGAAGAAGGCUCGCAAGUUUGACAAGCGAGUGAGGUAUGUCUCUAGGAAAGAAAGAGCUGAUGUGAGACGGCGUGUGAAGGGACGGUUCGUCAAGUCGGGUGAAGCUUAUGAUUACGACCCUCUGAGCCCAACAAGAAGCUACUGAGGUUGCCACAAAGUGGAGAUAUUAGAUAAAGAGAUGUAACUAGAGAGCAGUUUCAGGAUUGGCCUCAAGCUCAUUCUUGCUUUGGAGGGCUCAUGCGUCUGCCUGCCUCUUUUUGCAUAAAAGUUGUGUCAUUGUUUCUUAAGCAAUAUGACUAGACAAUGAAGCUUCUCAGCAGACUUGAGGGGCAGGAUCCUUAAAAUUUUGUUCUAUUUGUAGCCAAGGCAAGACCAUGAAUGAAUGAAUGUAUAUUUCUUAUUGUUUGUGUGUAAAAUCUGCAUUUGUUUUUCUUAUCUGUAUGCACUAUUUUAUCCA